AUGGCACAGAAGGCCAAGGCUCCGAGCUCCCCAGGAGAGGAGGUACCUUGCAAGAUCCAGAAGUGCGGAACGGCCGAGUUUACAAGAGAGAAGCAGGAAGAGCCCGAUGAAAGCCCGGCAGUGGUCACGAGCGGAGCUCCGGAGGAGAGUACCGAAGUUCUGACCAGUGUGACGAGCAGCACACAGGCUGCCUGCGGCAUCCCAGAUGCAAGGUUGAUUGCAGAGGUCCAGUCCAUCCUGGUGAACGUGGACCUGCAGUCCAUGACUCUCGGCGCGCUCCGGGCGAGGCUGGAAGGGAACCUCGGUCUGACAGACGGGGCUCUCGCAGCCAGGAAGAGAAUCCGACGACGACUGAGCUUUGUCGUCCACCAAGAGGUCCUGAAGAAAUCGCAGCGAUCGCAGCAAUGCGAGAAGGUCGUCAAGGAGUUUGCACAUGUUUGCACCAAGCCCAGGGAUGAAGCCCGAACCCAUUCCAGCGUGCCGUGCCCCGCCGUGGCCAUGUGUGAAGCAGCUGUAGGCACCGUAGCCAUGCCGAUACAACGACCGAGACGGUUGCUGGUGGCUUUUGUGGCUGCCACGCUUGCUUACUGCGGCCUCAGGCUGCGCGGCUGGCAGGCGGUGGAUCAGGGCAAAGCCGCCCAGGCGCCGAGCCCGAAUCCGAGCCUUGCGCUCUCGGCUCCCUGGUCCCAGAGCCGUGAGCUGGACGAGAGAGCUGCGCAGAAGCUUCUGAACAGUGUGGAUGUUUUCGUCUUCGACCUUGACGGCGUGAUCUGGAUCGGAGACAAGCUGGUAGAUGGCGUCCAACAGGCUUUGGCUGAUUUGCGCAAGUCGGGCAAGGUCGUCGUGUUUGCAACGAACAAUGCCAUGCGGACCCGAGCUGAUGUUGCUGGCCGAUUGAGGUUGCUGGGUGUGGACUGGGCUGAAGAACAGCACGUUUAUAACAGCGCUGCAGCGGUCGCGCAACUUCUGGAGAGACGUGGAGUCUCCAAAGAUCGGGACAUCUAUGUGGUUGGUGAGGCUGGGCUGCGGGACGAGGUCCAAGCGCUCGGCUACCGCACUCGGGGUGGACCCGAGGAUGCAGGCAAGACCAAGGAAGACAUUGCUGAAGCCAUCGAUGAGCUAGGCGAAGGAAAUAGCAGUGGCGCCGUUGUUUGUGGCCUGGAUCAGCAUGUGAACUACUACAAGAUCGCCAUCGCGGCCCAUUUAGUGCGGCAUGGACUGCCCCUCUUUGCGUCCAACGAUGACCUUUUCGGGCAGCUGGGCUCCGGCACACAGCAGUGGCCCGGCGCUGGCUCAGUGGUUGCGGCCAUCGCCGCUGCUGCCGGGCGCACCGGUGAGAGAGGGGCAGAUGCUGUGGCAGGGAAGCCCAGCAUUGAAUUCGCGCAGAUCAUCCGGGCAUCACUGGGCUCACCGCCAGCUCGGAGAAUGGUGAUGGUGGGCGACAGACUGGAUACGGAUAUCGCCUUCGGAAAAUUGGCAGGCAUGCGCACACUCUUGGUGCUCUCUGGUGUGACAUCCAGGGAUGAAGUCCGCCACGCCAGUGGCAAGUUGAAGCCGGAUUUUUUCGCCGCCUCUGAGAUUCUUCGGCUUGAUGACUACCCUUUGCCAGCGCGGCAAAUGCUAAUUGAGAGCUUGCAUCAUUCCAUCUGCGCAAACGGUGACGCGACGUUGCAUCCGCAUCAGGUGCGCUUGCUGGGUAUAGCGCGGGAUGCGCUUCUGGAUGGCAAAAGCAAGCUGGAGGCUGCGAAGGUCACGAUUGAGGAGGCUCUGCAAAAAGCGGAGAUGGACUUGGUAGCCCAGGACUCUGCGACCACGGCUGCUCUCGCCUCAGAAGUCUCUGCGUGCCAUUCGGCCGCUGCUGCAGAGGCAGCAGCCAAAGACACGGAAACUGAAGUGGCCGAGACAGAGCAGGAACUCGAGCGAAAGCGGGGCCUUGCCAAGGACGUUAUCCAGGAGACGGCGGCAUUGCAAAAGCGCCGUCUGAAGGCCUCGGAAGCCGAAGCAUCGCUGAAAUGCCUCGCCGAGGGCACUUGGGCUCGUGAGGAGGAGUGGUGGGAGUGCUUCGCUGCCCUGCAGCAGCACCUCCUUGACACAGGGGCUGAAAAUUCCUUGCUGACUGCGGCGACCCUGGCGCUCAAGAAGAAGCCGGGAGAGCGGAGCAGCUUUCAUGCUGUCGCGGUCGAAGGAGUCGGCAAUUUCUUCCGCCAGCAGCUCGAAACGGCCGACCAAGAGCUGGUCCAGCAAUCGCGGCUGGAGAUGGAGGCAGAGGCGACAAUACUGGGCAUCGAGGCCGAUGAUGUGGGGGCCCUGCUCACUGCGACGAGGCAGCGAGCGUGUCAGCGCCGCGAGGUGGCGGAUGCUGGUGCAGCUUCCAAGGAGUCCAUGCAGAGCGCGGCCCGCCAAGCAGAGAAAUGCCUGCAAGCCUCUAAAGAGGCCGUGGCGCAGAAGCAGCAAGAGCAGGUCGAUCUGGAAGGACGGCUAACACCCAUCAAUGAGGCCCUGGAACUUGUGGGUGCAUGGAUGGCGGGAAACGCCCUUCCAACCGCUGUGGAGGUCCCCCUUCCACUGCAAAGCCCUUCGCCAGAGGAGGCCGAGUGCCCGCUCCUCCUGGGGCCGUCGCCCUGUGCUCUACACGGUAGCGAAAGAGCAACCCAAUUCCUUCGCAUCAUGGCCGCCAGUGUUGACGCGAUAUUCAUUCUCGCUGCCUUCGCAGUGCCGGUCGCUGUGACCUACGGAAUGUUGGGCCCUGGGCCAGGGGGGAGCGCUACCCUCAGCACCAGCUUUACCUGGCAUCCGAUUCUGAUGUCCUGUGCUUUUCCCUGCUUGAUGGUGUUGGGUCGCUGGGCCUACGUCACGGAGUCUCUUGGAGACAAGCAAGAGCAGCGAUCUGCCCAUCGCGGGGUGAUGAUCUUAAGCACUUUGGUUGCAAUCGGUGGAUACAUUGCCAUAUUCAUGGCCCACGUGAAAACCCCGUCCUUCUUCGGCUACAACUUCGCAAAGCACACCUGGGCAGUUCCCUCGCGAAUAGUCCACGACUUCUUGGGAUAUUCUGUUCUAUUGCUCAUGCUCUUUCAGGCAGCGGUGGGUCUCAUGAAGUACUGGAGGUUGCAGGCCGGGCAGAAGUCCUUUCCAUUUCAUGGAAGCCUCGGGAAGUUGAUCAUCCUCCUCGGAUCCGGGAAUAUCCUUACUGCCUGCAUCUUCUGGAGCUGGGGUCCGGCCUUCAAAGUCCUCUUAGCCGCUCUUGCCUUGGCUGCGGCUUUCUGUGGAGCCUUCUGGCCGACUCCUGAAAGGCCUGAGGCUGCACCCCUGGCAGAAUCCAUGAAGCCCUGA